UUUGAAUUCUGCUUAUAUUAGUGGUAACUAAGAAAAGAAAUAUAAUAAUUGUUGGUCAUUCUGUUUCAAAAAGAUAAUGUCCACGGCUGAGGAUUGGCUGUCUGAUGAAAAAUUUGAUUUCAACGUCAGUGCAUCUCCAGCAGCAGAAGACGCAUGUCUUGUUGUUGAUACUGAUGAUAAUGAGGAUGAUGAUGAAGAAGUGUUUUUUGGUCCUCAAAGCUUCGCAGAGAAAUGUGUUGCAACCGUGGUAAAAGAAAAAGAAGAACUAGUUAUAGAAGAUCUCAACCCUGAGCAACAAGCAUUGCUUCUUCGUGAGUCAGCCUUAUUAAGUUUAAUGAUUAAGCAUGGAACACCAAAUAGCACACGUGCAAGCCCUAUUGCUGUUGUGCAUCCAAUGAAACGUGGAGGUGAGAAAGAACCAUCCUCUGGUAUAGUUGGAAAAAAUUUAAGUUCAACGGAAAAUAUGGCAGAGAAAGAAAAUAUUCACGAGAAAAAUAGCAAAGCAGUGAACAAAAAUGUAACACUUGCUGAAACUUCAGCCAAACUAAAGUCGUCAAAAAUAUUGCAGCCUCGGUUUUCAAUGAAAAACAGAACCUCCUCCCAGCCUCUGUCUGCUACCAAGUUACCUGUGUUUAAAUCACGAGGGAAAAUCCAAUCAGAAAAUUCUGAGCCACUGGUUGAUCAAGUUAGUCUUUAUGGUCUAUCAAAAGAGGUUGUUAAGAAAGAAACUGGAAAUAGUAAAGCUGUCAGAAGAAGAUCAGGAUUACCUGUGAAACAGAGUAAUGACACAUCAGAACAAAAAUCAAAAUCAGCUGCUAUGCCGUUUCUACUGCCGUCUGCGAUUCCACCAAGUCGUGUUAAAGCCAAUUCAUCGUCAAAUGUGGAAUCUAAAUUAAAGCCGGUAAAAGUAUCAUCUCUUUCUCAACUAAGACCACCAAGGAAAAACACUCAACCGUUGCAAGGAACACCAAUAAAGACAUCGAAAGCAAGAGACACGCCUGCUGGAAAAGCAGUUAACAUUUCGUCAACAAAACGCCAGAUUGACUCUAAAAAGUUUUCCACUCCUUCAACUCAAAACGUAUCCAGCAGCAUAAAGAAAACAGAAGGUUCAAAGAAAGUCAGUAGUAACGCAAGCCUAGUCACGCCUGUACAACGAACACCAUCAUCUAGAAAGUCGAUUACUGGAAGACAAAUUUUACCCAAAGCACAAGGAACCUGCGAACCUGCAACCUCGGUGUUGGUCGAAGAUACCACAUUCAACAAGACUCAAGCAUCCUCUGAGACGAACAUCACGAGCUCGACCCAGUCUCUUCCAUCUCACAGUAGCAUAAUUGAUCGCUACAAGAAACUUUGCGAGUCAAAAAACGUUGCACAAAGCUCUUCUGAUGCCACCAAUCCUGCUCAAAAGUUAGACGAUGUGCUACCUAAUUCGAAAGCUGCUACUGGUGUGACUAAAGAAAAUGCUGAUAGACUCAGCGAGGGAGAACACUGUCAACAAUCACCCAAGAAAGAAGAAACAGCUCUGGUGUUGCUACUGAACGAAAGUCCAUUGUUACAUCUCUCACCUGUCAAAAGCAAGGAAAAUUCACUGGAUCCAUUUGAAACUGGACAUACCCCGCCACCACUGAUCGAUAUUGGUGACGUCUUACAACCAGAACGAACGAAAGAAACAAAUUUGAUCGAAUUUUAAAUCAACAAUAACAAAUAAGUAAAUAAAUAAAUAUUUAGCGCAGCAGAUGUAACUCCUUGAUGGAAAAAUUGUCGUUAUAAUGGAUGCGUGAUGCUGACACUAACAAUAAAAUAUUUGUUGGUAGAAAAAAAUUAUUUUACUCUGUUCAACAAUUUGUAUAUAUGUGAUUUUUUUAUUACAGGGUGGAUUGCCACUGCAUUGUGGUUGGGGAGAGGGAAGGGGUCCAGGGAAUUUAGUUUGUUUCGGUAAACGUUAAAUAUAUAAUGUUUUAGCUACUAACAGCGUUUGGGGUGCACUUGACAAAGAAAUCUUUUCGUGUCUGAACGCCGUGCUACUUUUGUUUUAUUAUUUUACCAGAUGGAAACGACAAAAAUUUGUUGUACUUGAAUCUUAAAACUAUGAUACUAUAAAAAAAUAUUAGUUUUUGAAUGACACAUUUUGUUCAUUUUUAUACUAGUGUAAGCGCUAGGACAAUAGGCGUGUCUGUUUUUCAACGAAGAUCAGUCUGUAUUUUGUGUUUCAAAGAAAUCCUUUAACACAUUUGCUUGUUGUGUGACGCUAACGAUAAAAUAAGUUUCAAAGAUGUCUGAAAAUUAAUAUCUGUGAAGUUUUAGUUUUUUUUUUUUUUAGCAAUUUA